CACUGUUAUAUGUGUGCCUCCCUAACUAUCUCCACCUCUAAACAAAGAGAGAGAGAGGGAGAGGGCGCCGGAGACAUCGAUCAGACAUGGCCGGCGGCGAGAUGGCCAUGUGCACGCCGGCGUUCGUGUCGCGGGUGGUGCAGAGCCGGUGGUUCGUGGUGUUCGCGUCCACCGUGGUGAUGGCGGCGUCUGGGUCGACGUACAUCUUCGCGCUCUACUCCAAGGAGCUCCGGUCCAAGCUGGGGUACAACCAGCAGACGCUCAACACGCUAUCCUUCUUCAAGGACCUCGGCACCAACGUCGGCAUCGUGUCCGGGCUGGUGCAGCAGGUCGCGCCGACGUGGGCCGUGUUGCUCAUCGGCGCCGGCAUGAACCUGGUGGGGUACCUCAUGAUCUAUCUCGCGCUCACAGGGCACACGGCGGCGCCGCCCGUCUGGCUCAUGUGCUUCUACAUCUGCUUCGGCGCCAACGCGCUCACCUUCUCCAACACCGGCGCGCUCGUCGCCUGCGUCAAGAACUUCCCAGAGAGCCGCGGCAUCGUCAUCGGCCUGCUCAAGUCCUUCGUCGGCCUCAGCGGCGCCAUCUACACGCAGCUCUACCUCGCCAUCUACGGCGACGACGCCUCGUCGCUCGUCCUCCUCGUCGCAUGGCUCCCCGCCGCCUUCAACAUCUUCUGCGUGUACACCAUCCGCGUCCUGCCCUACGUCCGCCGCCGCGACGGCGAGAAGACCUACAACAAGCCCUUCUUCCACUUUCUCUACCUCUCCAUCGCCCUCGCCUCCUACCUCCUCGUCAUGAUCGUCGUGCAGAAGCAGGUGCAAUUCUCCCACGCCGCGUACGUCGUCACCUCGACGGCUCUGCUUAUCAUCCUCUUCAGUCCCAUCGGCGUGGUCGUCAGGGAGGAGUACAAGGCCGUCUCCCAGCUUGAGCAGUCGCUGCAGCAGCCGCCGGCCAUCGCCGUCGAAAAACCUACAUCUAAUGAGAAGGCUGAUGAGUCGUCUCCGCCGUUGUGUGGCAGCGGCGUCAUGGGCUGCAUCACCAACAUGUUCAAGCCGCCGGCUCUGGGGGAGGACUACUCCAUCAUGCAGGCGCUGGUCAGCGUGGAGAUGCUGGUCCUGUUCGUCAUCUCCGUGUUCGGCAUCGGCGGCACACUGACGGCGAUCGACAACAUGGCGCAGAUCGGGCAGUCGCUGGGGUACCCCGCAAAGAGCAUCAACACCUUCGUCUCGCUCAUCAGCAUCUGGAACUACGCAGGACGUGCCGGCGCCGGUUACAUCUCGGAGUUCCUCCUUGCCCGGUACAGGUUCCCGCGGCCGCUGGUGCUGACCGCCGUGCUGCUCAUCUCCUGCAUCGGCCAUCUCCUCAUCGCCUUUGGCGUGUCACAGUCGCUGUACGCCGCGUCAGUGAUCAUCGGCUUCUGCUUCGGCGCGCAGUGGCCGCUGCUGUUCGCCAUCAUCUCCGAGGUGUUCGGACUCAAGUACUACUCCUCGCUCUUCAACUUUGGCUCCGCGGCCAGCCCCGCCGGCGCUUACGUGCUCAACGUGAUCGUCGCCGGGCGCAUGUAUGACGCCGAGGCGGCAAAGCAGCACGGCGGCGUGGCCGUCGUCGGGGACAAGAUCUGCAAGGGGGUGGUGUGCUUCAAGCGCGCCUUCCUGAUCAUCACGGGCGUGACGUUCGGCGGCAUGCUCGUGUCUCUGAUACUGGUCUGGAGGACGAGGAACUUCUACAGGGGGGACAUCUACGCCAAGUUCAAGGUGGAGCCGACGACCACUGACGGUAGCAGCCACGGCGGCGUCGAGAUGGUGGAUGGGACGAAGGCAAGUGCACCGGAGGAGAGCAAGGGCAAGAAGAAGAAAGAUCGAGGUGGGUAAUGAGGACCUAUACUAGUUUCAUUUGAUUUAAGAUGUGUUUGGAGACGAUGGGAAGCUGAAACAGCACGUGUUAAUGUGAAUCUGUACGCCUGUGUUUUAUUCAUAUAAAGCAUGUUGGCAUAGGGGGAUUUGGAUCCAAAUCAUCAUGGUUUAGUUCAAAUUUGAACUGAUCCUACAAACUGUUGAUGUAAUUCCCUCUUCUUCAAACACCAUCUAGAGGCCUGUUUGGAACACGUGAAUCUUACAAAACUUCCAUGUAAAACUCGGUUUGAUUCCUAUAGGAGGCGGGAGAAAUUCCUGUGUUCGAAAUAAGGCAUAAAUGUAAUACGGUUCCCAUGUUAAAGAGUUUGUGUUUAUAUGACAAUUAAUUGUGCCUUUUCUCGUUGUA